GGUGCACACACACUGAGACAAUCAACAAUACACAUAUGAGUUAUACCGAAUAUAAAUUCGAUGUAACUUCAUAUGUACCUGAUAACAAUCAACCCGAAGCCUUUGUCUGGACUAGCCGGAGAGAAGGCAUGUAUUGCGUGGGAAAAUGUGUCAACGACCCAGAUAAUUACACUGGGCCACAGAAUUGCACAUGGAUAAUGAAUCAUUGUUUUAAUUUAACCACCUGUGGAUAUAGCAAACCAAAGAAAUGUCCGAAACUAUAUCCUAUUCCUCCUGGUGGACUGAUAAAAGGGAAUGUUAACAAGACAUUAUUUCAUGAUGUAAAUCUAGUAAUGACACAUGUAUCAUACAAUAUUUCCAACAUUUUAUCUGCUUAUGUUAAUCACUGUGAGAAAAAUGACAAGACAUAUGCAUGGCUACAGUCACGAAUCGAUGAUUUAAUUUCUGAUUACAAAAACAGACUUGCCGUGCAAAUCUCACCUGCACGCUCGAAACGAGACCUGCUCGGAAACAUAGCGGGUCUCUUCGGCUCAAUUAAUUCCAUUGCCAACAACUACAAAAUAACCAAACAAUCACAAUACUCAACAUGGUUGGCAAACCAGGUGGCCACUGGUUUUCAGCAUAUCACCAAUAGCAAUGAAAAUAUCAUAAAAGCGGUUCGAUCCGAAGCGCAGGCGCUUCUUGCGAUCACCCACACAUUAUUCAAUCAGACCCGUACCAUCGAACGUGACUUAGCCUGUAGGACAUAUGCACAAGAUCUAUUCACUGCUGCUAGACAAGAAAUCCUUGACCUUCGUUUGUACAAGACACCUAGACAUGUUUUGAAUGACCUUAUAGAGAUCUUAGAUCUACAUAGGUGGUAUGAAUCAGAAAAAAUGAAAAAUGUAAGAUAUUCUGAAUUACUAUCCACCAUAAUGAUGUUUACAGGAAAUGAAUGUAAUGGAUGUAUUGGGUUUUUCGUCAGUUUUCCUUUAAUACACCCAGAUCAGGUUUUUCCAAAUUCCACUACCAUACGCUCUAUGGGCGUGGUAGUGAAGGAUCAGGUAAUUAAAUGGGAUCACCUCACUGGAUACAUGACACAAAAGGGUACUGAGACCUUGUUUACCAGUCGCACAUGUUGCCAUGAAACGCACAAUUAUGUUAUCUGUACAUGUAACACUUUGCAACCUUUCUCCCCCAAUGACACCAAACUUAUAAACGUUCAGUCACUGCAUGGUUACUAUGAUGUUAUCCAGGUGUCACAUUCACAGUGGUGUGUGGUCAGUGAGAUGAACUCUUUUACCUACGGAGGACUGGCCUGCUCUGCUAACCACUCGUUUUGCUUGGAAGUGACAGAGGACUUUUCGAUGCACUGUAAAAAAAAUCCUGUGGGUCAAGUCAAUAUUUUAGGAAGAGUGCCACUGGACACAGAGACUUCACCAUGGUGGGAUGACACUUUCUAUGAACAAGGUACCCAAGCUGUGGUUGACACGAUGGAGCUAACACAGAGACUGAUCUUGCAAACUGAAUACCACCUCAACCAAGCGCAGGUUGAGAUCAACCUGGCACGAAAGACUGCACAACUGUUAUCCAGUUCAUCCACUCGGUCGGCACAGUACACAUACACCUGGUGGGACUGGGUGUUCCGGGGGUGUGCCAUUGGCAGUGCCCUGAUCUUCACCUUCACUAUGGUCCAGUGCUGCUAUUUCAGACACCUCAUCAGUUCUACACAGGAAUCCACACACGCUGCCCUUGCCCUCAGCCCGCUGCAGAUACCUGUGUUCCAAAGACUGUAA